AUGGAUCCACCAAACUUUCGACCAGGCUUGUUGGAUAGAAUUCUUGUUGGUUUCUUCCAUUUUGUGAAUCUGUUCGUCCCAUGGCACAAACUUCCUAGUGUCUUUGGUGCACUCAAUCUUGAUGCUCUGCGUGUCGAGUUGCGACAAUACAAUCUUCAUGAUGGGUAUGCAUCUGCCACAGCCCAGGGCAAUACCGACGAUACUCCAUUGGAUGACAAACGUUUCCUCUCUGCAAGGAACUCAGAUGGCAAGGACAACUCACUCACCAUGCCCAAGAUGGGUUGUUCCGGGAUGCGCUUUGGUCGCAACUUCCCUCGGAAGUACUGUGAGAAGCCAACUGAGCAGGAGCUCUGGACGCCGAACCCGAGACUGGUCAGCGAAGCAUUCAUGUCCAGAAAGCCAGGAGAGUUCAAGCCGGCUACUACACUGAACUUGCUUGCUGCUGCCUGGAUUCAAUUCCAGGUCCACGAUUGGGUGUUCCAUGAAAGCGUAUGCUCGAUUUCCCCACUGCCACCAAUCCGAUUAUCACUGACAAGUAUCCUUAGANGCGAAGAAACAUACGACGUACCUCUCCUCCCCAACGACGACUGGCACGACCAGCAGAUGAAGAUCUACCGCACCAAGCCCGACGAAGUGCUCGACGCAUCUGACAACAAGUGUCCUGGCUACAAAAACACCUCGACCGCCUGCGAAGCCAAGACCAAAGAACUGAGGGACCAACACGAAGACGGCAAAUUGCUCCUUGAGACAAGAGGCAAAGAAGAAACCUUCCUCCCUCGCGACACCGAAGGCAAUCCUAAGACAGGCUUCUCAGACAAUUGGUGGACCGGCAUGGAACUGCUGCAUACCCUUUUCGCCUUGGAGCAUAACGCUAUCUGCGACAAGAUUCUGNACAAGAUCUUUGACAAGGCUCGUCUUGUUAACUGUGCUCUUAUGGCUAAGAUCCAUACGGUGUGCGUAAACAAUAAUUCAAACAUCGCAGAGAUACGGCUGACCGAAGUGACCUUAGCGNAAUGGACACCUGCUAUUCUGGCUCACCCGACACUUGAGAUCAGUAUGAAUGCAAACUGGUGGGGCAUUGCAGGAGAAAGUCUGAACAAGAUUGUGGGUCGCAUCUCAAAGACCAGUGAGGCCGUCAGUGGAAUCCCAGGCUCUACGGUCGACCACCAAGGUGUUCCAUACUCUCUUACUGAGGAGUUCGUAUCAGUAUACAGGAUGCACUCGCUCAUACCAGGUAUUUUCAAUACUGCGAUCUGGCUCAACUUACGUACUGAUGAUAUUGAAGACAACGUUGCAUUCUUUAAUGCUGAGGACGGCAAUCACAAAGCCACGAUCCCGGUAGCAGACAUCACCUUCAAGGAUGCGAUCAAGCCUCUCAAAUCUGGUGGGGUGUCUUUCGGUGAUGCCUUCUACUCUUUCUGCAUCAACUAUCCUGGUGCCAUUACCAACAACAACUAUGCCAACUUGAUGAGGAACCUUCCCACUCCGGAUGGUCAAGUGCGUGAUUUGGCCACAGUCGACAUUCUCCGCGAUCGCGAACGAGGAGUGCCACGAUACUGCCAGUUCCGAAGACUUCUCCGCAUGUCCGUUCCUAAGACAUUUGAGGAGCUGACUGGCGGUGACAAGGAGCUCGCAGCAAGACUUAGCGAAGUCUACAGUGGCGAUAUCGAGAUUAUAGACGCGCUCGUCGGCUCACACAGCGAGCCUGUCAUCAAAGGUUUCGGCUUCAGCGAGACUGCGUUCCGCAUCUUCAUUCUCAUGGCCAGUCGAAGACUCAAGAGUGACCGAUUCAUAGCCGGGCAGUGGAAUGCUGAUAUGUAUACCAAGGAAGGCUUCGACUGGGUUCAAAACACUGGUAUGAAGGAUGUGCUGAAAAGACACUUCCCGGAGCUGGCUGCAGUCAUACCGAAGAAGACGAACGUUUUUGCACCUUGGGUGAAGUUGCCUGGGUCGAGAGCUUACGCUGGGGUCGAGACGAAUGCUCCUAAGGCAUGAUUGAAGUGUGAGAACAGAGUAGAAUACGAUAGGCGAUGACUUUAUGCU